AUGGACCCUCAACCCAGCAUGCUGGCACCCCCGGCCGUGACCAAUCUCCGGUCACAAGCCGGCGCCAUGGAACGCACCCUUAGCGAAGACAUUCGAGAAGAACGAGAAGAACUACGUGAAGCUGCCGAGCAGACUUUGAACGUUAUCGUCGACCUCAACCUCGACGGUACAAUCCGAUGGGUUAGCCCGUCAUGGACCGAUGUUAUCGGAACCCAACCCGAGUCGGUCAAAGGAUCCGCCAUGGCCGAUCUGAUCGUGAGCGACAACAAGACUGUCUUCGCUGAUACUGUCGAGUGUAUGAAGAAGGAUGAUUCGCGGAGUCAGCGAGUGCGCUUCGCCGUUGCCAUGGGCCCGCUGUCCAAGCUGCUUCCGCUGGAAGACAUCCCAGAACUGGAAACUGACGAUGCUGAAGAGUGCGCGCCUGCUACGAUUGACCUGGAAGCACAGGGGAUAAUGGUCUACGACGGAGUGUCGGGGGGAGAGAGCCACACGAUGUGGAUGAUCCGGCCGUACAUUGCGCCCCGAGAAAUCAAGAUCGACCUGCCCGCCGUCAUCGUGGACUCGCUUGGCUCUGGUGCCGAGGUCCUUGCUAGCUACUUGACGCAGCUGGCAGAGUCCGGGGUCGACGAUCCCGAGAAUCAUCCACCACCGCUGCCCGUCCUUUGUCGUAUCUGCGAGCGCCAGAUCUCGCCAUGGUGGUUCGAGAAGCACACUGACCUUUGUUUGCAAGAGCAUCGGGCAGAGAUGGAUGUACAGAUGGCUCAAGACAGCUUGACCGAUCACCGACAUUCGAUCGUCAAAGUCCUCGACGCCCUCGAGGCUAGAAAGAGCCGGUCCCUGACGGGAGAUCAGUUGACACUCCCCGCAGCAGAGUACAAGGGCAUGCUGAUUGGCCCUCCCCCGUCGGCAUCGUCAUCCCCUGGAAGCUCAGUGUCUCAGUCGAGGGAAAGGUCUGGUGGUUUUGGUCACUCCCGAGCUCGAUCUUUUGCCAUCAGACGCCCCCAAGCAAGAAUUGUGGAAUUGUUGCUCGAUCUUUGCGAUACGGCCAUUGAAAUCAGCACUCCCGCAGUCAAGGAGGCCUCGUCUCAGAACCCUGGCGAGAUUAGGACACAAUCACCACAGUCCGAGUCUCGCAUUUCCCAGGUCAUGCAAUGGCAAUCACCCAGUACAAACACGUUGGAGCAGGAGCAUGGCCUUGCACUUCUGUGCGCUGACACCGAGAAGGCUGCCAAAACCAAAGUCGAAGCCGUGUUCCGACAUCGCAAGAUCAUCGAAUACGCCGAGCGCAUCAGAAUUGAAUUCGCUGUCAUCGUCCAAGACUGUAUUGAUGAGGCCAUGCGCAAAGCUGCUAGGAUUGCCGCUGGGCGCCUUAGCGACUCGACUGAGGACGAAGAGGAGGAGGGAAUUAAUCCUGCCCAGGAUGAACUAUUUUUCCAAGGAUCAUUCGAAAACUCCUCUCUUGCUGCCGCCCUGCAGAAUGUCAGUGUAACCGACAGUCUCGAGAGACCGCGGCCGACCUCCUUCGUGGAAUCCACCCGUUCGAGCAGCCCUAGGGAGUGCCCGACGCCGAGAUCCAACCUAGGAGGCAUCAACCCCGCUGUGCCUGCCCCCCAUCAGCCUCCGCCACAGGCACGGCCUGCACCCCCUUCAAUCAAGGAUUUCGAGAUCAUCAAGCCGAUCAGCAAAGGUGCCUUUGGCAGUGUUUACUUGUCCAAGAAGAAAUCGACUGGCGAGUACUUCGCCAUCAAAGUUUUGAAGAAAGCAGACAUGGUCGCGAAAAACCAAGUUGGAAAUGUCAAGGCUGAGCGCGCCAUCAUGAUGUGGCAGGGGCAAAGCGAAUUCGUUGCCAAACUGUACUGGACAUUCUCGAGCAAGGACUAUCUGUAUCUUGUGAUGGAGUACCUCAACGGUGGUGAUUGUGCAUCCCUGAUCAAGGUCCUCGGAGGUCUGCCAGAAGAUUGGGUCAAAAAGUACUUGGGCGAGGUCGUUCUUGGCGUGGAACAUCUACACAGCCGAGGCAUCAUUCAUCGCGACCUGAAGCCCGACAACCUCCUUAUCGACCAGAAAGGUCACUUGAAGCUGACUGAUUUCGGACUGUCUCGCAUGGGUCUUGUUGGCCGACAGAAGCGUGCUCUUGACAGCCAAAACGGAGAUCCCACGCCUGACUUGCUCAAACAGGGGCCUUUCGCUCGCUCGGCAUCUUUGGCAUCAUCACGAUCUACUUCGCUGGACCUCCACGGUCACGCUCAUUCCCCGAGCAUGACCCCGCAGAUGACACCCGACACCGGAUCCAGCACUGGGCAGCCUUCAUACUUUGCUCUAGGUGGCUCAGAGGCCCGUCGUGUCUCCAGCCACCGCAGCGAUAGCGGUGGCAGUGAGACCCUAACCCGCAUGCUCAACAACUUUUCUUUGAACGAGCAGGAUCCGAACUCGCAAGCUUCCCACCCGCAGCCGGCCCACGACGAGGGCAAUGAUGGCACUGGACAUCCAUCUCCUGACCCGCCCCAGCUCCACCACGCUAGCACACAGUCCAGCGUUGACUUUCUGGGCAAGAGCACUCCUCCGCAGCCCUCAAUGAUGCCUCCCCCGAUGGCCCUCUUCGACCCUGAAGACACGAAUCGUCGCUUCGUCGGCACACCCGACUACCUUGCGCCCGAGACCAUCAAGGGCGAGAAACAAGACGAAACCAGCGAUUGGUGGUCUGUCGGUUGCAUUAUGUUCGAGUUCCUCUACGGAUAUCCUCCUUUCCAUGCCGAUGAAGCGGAGCAAGUUUUUGAAAACAUCUUGGCUCGGAGGAUUCAAUGGCCGGAUGAGAAUGAGUGCGAGCCUAUUUCCGAGGAGGCCAAGGACCUCAUCAACAAGCUGUUGUGCAUGGAACCGCAGUCACGGCUGGGUGCUAACCGGGAGGAUAAGUUCCCGUCGGGUGGCGAUGAAAUCCGAGCCCACUCCUGGUUCGACGGCAUCAAUUGGGAAACUCUCCUCCAAGACGAGGCUCAAUUUGUGCCUCAGCUUGAGCACCCCGAAGACACCGAAUACUUUGAUGCUCGCGGAGCCGUCCUACAGUCCUUCGCUGAAGAGAUGGAGGACCAGAUGUCGCCCCCUGUUUCGAGCACGGCUUCGGACUAUCCCGACCGACCUCACGAUGCCCUGUCCCGCGUCCGGUCCCAAGUCAAUUCCAUCAAGCGCAACCUUAUGCCGCUCCACAUCCCUCCCCACGUCAGAGACUUGAAGAGUAGACGGCUUAGCGAGCCUGUCGUUGCCGAUGAUUUCGGCAGUUUCACCUUCAAGAAUCUUCCGGUGCUUGAAAAAGCGAACAAAGAUGUCAUCCAGAAACUUCGCGCGGAGGCACUGGCAUCUCAGAGCAAGCCGACCGUCAUCAGCCCCGGCGGUAGCGUCGCAUCGCCCGGUCCGGUCCUUGAGGGUAGCCCUGUUCUUGCGAACCCGGUCCAAAGAACAAUUUCGAACGCAAAGAACCGGCCUCAAUCACCUUCUGGACUGAGCCACGCCGCCUCCUCUCCAAGCAGGGCCUCUCAGCCGUCCUCGCCGCUUCUGGUGUCUUUUGUGGCUGGCCAAGGAAGCGAGGGUAGACAAGGCGGCUACGAGUGCGGCCGCGUCUCCAGUGAAGGGCCGGGGCGCUGCACCGCCGCCGCCCCUCGCCCUUUCGCCGCAGAAGAUGGUCUCGACGCCUCGACAGGCUUCAAGCAGUCGAUCAAGGUCAUUGACGGUUGGUUCACAAUCCAAUGA